CCAAAGUUCUCAAAAUCAUCCCAUCUCUCUCUUUAUCAUUUCAUGUCAUUGUUCAAGUUCAAGUCAUUAAGGAAGCUCUUACACGUUAAGAAAACGUGUAAAAGCUUCACUGAGAUCUUUCGAUCCAAAUUCCACAAGAUCAAAUUUCACAAGGCAAUAAAAAAGGUCACCACUUUUCUUGUUUCAUCACGUUACAAGAUUCACAUUCGUCCCAUGAGACAACGCUUUGCCACGAGCCACCAUCACCACCUUCUUCAGAAGGGAUUUCCAGCCAUAUUCAUAGACGAACUCUAUGUUUCAAAAUCGAGUCAACAAGCCAGAGUGCGAACAACAGGCAACGAUGAAGAAGGAUAUGUUACUUCCACUCGUACAAGUACCAGUGGUUGCAAAGUUGAGAAAAACGUAGCAACAGAACAUGAUUCAUUGCCUCGUGAAAAGAAGAAAGAUGUGAGUAUGAUCAAAGACAGAUUGUGGACUCGAGACAUCAGAGGGGUGGAUGAGAGAGCAGAGGAUUUUAUCUUCAAGGUUCGUGAAGAAAUGAAGCUUCAGAGGGAGCAAUCCAUCCUUGAUUUUCAAGAAAUGCUCGCACGAAGCAUUUGAUUUUCUCUUUUCCUUUGUACAAGUUGUUACAACAAGACCACUAGAAUGAUGUAUUUUUAUUUUGAUUUUAUUUACAUUUUCCAUUUUAUUUUCCCAAUUUAUUUUGGUGGAAAAAUAAAUGGGUAUUUCUGUCAAUAAUGGUGUGAUUUUAGAUUUUCUUUUUAUUAUUUUCCCAAUUUAUUUCAAUGGGAAAAUAGAUCUAUAUAAUUUGUUUUAACAA